GAGCACAGGCACCUGUUGCUGCCUGCUAAUGAAACGUGUCCUGCGAAUCUGUAAUCCGCAGCUUCAUAAAUCGACUAGAAUAUUGAUUUUAAUACGCAGUAUUAAUGCUAGCCGCCUUUCAAUCCUACGUUUAGAGUAGUAUCAAUUAUAAAGUUGAACCAACGCGCUGUUGGAAAAGAUUAUGGGGUGCCUUGGUUUAGUCACUGGAUUGCUUCUAGCAUCUGUCCUGUCGACAACAAACGCUCGCCAUGUUCAGUUCUUCUUAAAUGGAUGGGAAUGCUUCUUUGAAGAUAUUACAGUUGGACAAACGGCAUCCAUAGAAUUUGCUCCUAUCACUGGAUCUAAGCCACACGUCGACGUUACUUUGGAAGACCCAACAGGGCGAGUUAUAUAUCGAGUUUAUCAGAAAGAGUAUGAAUACUUCAAAUUUCCAGUUAACGUGACAGGCACCUAUAAAAUCUGCUUUAGCAACAUUUAUGAUUUCUCAAUGUACAACAAUCUGAUCUAUUUGGAUUUUGUCGUUGGCGAUGAAAAUGCUUUGCAUACUGGCACCGAUAAAAAAGGACAAACAGGCCCUAUGACACAGCUAGAAACAUCAAUUGUUAAUAUCCAUGAUUCCAUGCGCGUUGCUGAACUGUAUCAGAACCACCACAGAAUCCGUGAAGCUAAUGGAAGACUUGUGGCAGAAGGUCUUUAUGAAAAGGUGGUCUGGUGGAGCCUUGGACAGACCAUGAUUAUUGUGCUUAUAGGAAUCGGACAGGUUUUGCUCCUAAGAAGCUUUUUUGCAGUAAAAAAAGAACAGAUAUAACUUUUUAUUUGUGUUGAGCCACAGCGGCUUUUUAUAUAAGCUCGAGUGUAACGUUGAAUUGAUAUUUUUUAGAUCAUGA